AUGACCAGUCCUGAUAUUUCAAUGGACAAAUUCUACGAGGAUCUGCACGCCCUCCUGGCGUCCGUGCCGACGGCGGAUAAGUUGAUUGACUUUAACGUCAGCGUAGGCACAGACCGUGCUGUAUGGAGAGGAGUGCUGGGUCCCCAUGGUCUCGACAGCUCAAAUGGCAAUGGCCUGUUCCUCCUACGAACCUGCGGCAAACACCGGCUCAUCCUGACCAACACCUACUUCCGUAUCCCCAUGCGAGAGAAGGCCACCUGGAUGCACCAUCGGUUGCGAUACUGGUAUCUGCUGGACUGUGCCCUCGUCUGAAGGCGGAAGCAGCGGGACGUGCUGGUGACAAAGGCGAUCCUGGGUGCCGACGGGUGGACCGACCAUCGUCUCACAAGUGCAGAUUUGUCUACAGCAUCGCAGGAGACCCCAAGGUAAGCGACUCCCAGGUAAGCUGGAUAUUACUUUGUUGUCUUUCCCUGCUAACCAUAUCCAUUUCAGCAACGAACAAGCCCGAAGCUUAGCUCGUCUUCCACUUGCCGCCGCCGCCGCCGCCGCUAAUGAGAACGCCUCCGUGGAGAACCGAUGGUGCCAACUGCGGGACACAGUUCAGUCGAUGGUUCUGGCUGUACUCGGUCACGCAGGUCGCGAACACCAGGACUGGUUCGAUGGCAACAACGCCGCCAUCAGCAAACUGAUUGCCGAGAGCGGCUAUCCAGACUACUCUUCUACGAAAACGCCUCCACAAGUUCCCGCCGACAAAGAGGCCAGGUCUGUCGAUACAAGGACACUCUGA